AUGCGGGUUAGCGGGCGCUACGGGAGCCUGUGCGGGCGCUCGCCCGCAGGGAGCGGCGGGGCGAGGCCACAGGUCAGGGCGGCUGCGAUGGCCAACGGCACGGCGGUGUUGGUGGCGCAGGGGAUGGAGCGCGGGGCCGGCGACGAGCAGGCCCGCGGGCGGCAGAGGAGCAACAGUAGGGGGGUGCAGGGGCGCAGUGGCGCGGCGCGGGGAGGGGUCACGGUCGCGGUGGCGGGCGCCGACUGUGGCAGCAUGCCUCCUCCUCGAGCGCCCUCCGCCACCGCCGCCGCCUACCCUCCGCGGCUGCUAACCGCCCCCGCAACACCCCAAUGCCACCUCCAUCCCCGACCAUGCCACCCCAGUGCCAUCCCCUCCCGGACCACUCCCCCGAGCUCCCUCCGCCGCCCCGACCACUCCCCCGAGCUCCCUCCGCCACCCCGACCACCAUUCACCACCAGCCCUGCCGCUCGCUGGAGAUCCUCCAUCGAGCAGCGCCUUCGCUUCCAGGAGAUCUUGCUCGAGAAGCGCUGCCGCUUCCAGGAGCUGCUACCCCGAGCAGCGUCGCUGUUUCCAGAAGCUCCUUCCUGCGACGUCUUCGUCCCCUCCCCGAAGAGCGCCGACUACAUCCUCUCCCCCGAGCAGAUGCCGCUUCUGCGUUCUUUCACACGAGCAGUGCCGCGUCUACUACAUCGGGGUCUCCUCUACUUCCUCACUCCAACCCGCAAGCUGCCAAAGAGAAAGAACAAGAUGCCGAGGUCCUGCAGUGGCUACGGUGGGGCGCACUGGUGUAGCCCAUGCGAGCGACACGGGAGUGAGCGACCAGGAACCAAAAGAUGCUGCCAAUAUUUAGUAGUCAGCAGUUCAACAAGUUUUUUUUCUCAAGCUUGUAAGUUUUGUCACAAGGAGGAGAUUGCUAGAAUGCUACAGAACUUUAAGUACAUGCAUGAUAGUAGUUGUACCUGUCAACUAGGAUGUCUACAUGAUGUUUCUUGUAUUCGUAGCAACAACACAAUCAUGCGGGGCGAGAUUAAGCUACGAUCUUCAAAAUCAAUGCAAGUUUGGUGAUUCUUUGAGAGAGACAUGUGGCUCUCUUUGAAGGACACGGUCUCACAGGAUGGUGGCGAGUCUGUUAUUCACAAGACAUCUAAUAAAGCCAUCCAACAAACGGUUGUGAACAAGCAAUUUUUCUUCCUGGACAUGCCUGCAGCUGUGCGUCAAGAUCAAACCAUUUGUAUCUUAGUUUGAACAAAAGAAAUCUUAUUGUCUAAUGUAAAUUCUGUUUACCGAUGUAGUUGGAUGCUACUGAAUGGAUCCAUGAAUGUUGAAAUAUUGAAUUUUUUUGUCAA